AUGUGUUUUGUUGAAACUCCACCUUUUUCUUUCUAUCUAUCUAUCUAUCUAUCUCACACUGUUCAUAUAUAUUUCAGUCUGUUCAUAUCUUACUCUGUUCAUAUCUAUCUCAUUCUGUUCAUUAUCUAUCUAUCUCACUGUUCAUAUCUAUCUCAGUCUGUUCAUUUCUAUCUAUCUCACGCCUCUCUUCCAUUUUACUCCACAUUCAACAUGGCGGCUACCAGUACGGCCGCACGAGUUUGUGAAACACCUGGUUGCAACACCGAAGCCCGGCUUCAAUGCCCCACCUGUAUAAAACUCGGCAUUGUAGGCUCUUAUUUCUGUAAUCAGGAGUGUUUCAAAAGAAGUUGGGAUGAGCAUAAGAAACUACAUAAGAAAGCCAAAGAAAAGAAUAUGGCAGGGUUGUAUAACCCCUGGCCUGAUUAUAGGUUCACUGGUUCUCUCCGGCCAUCUCAGCAGAGUCCCAGGAGAAUUGUGCCUGAAUACAUCCCCCGACCAGACUAUGCAAAGCAUCCAGAAGGAAUUCCCCUGUCUGAACGCCAGAUGAAAGAAACAACGAGUAUAAAGAUACUAAAUGAAGAAGAACAAGAAGGAAUGAGAGUAGCAUGCAAGCUUGGGCGUGAAGUGUUGGAUAUAGCAGCCAGUGCAAUAGGAGUUGGUGUGACCACUGAUGAGAUUGAUAGGAUUGUUCAUGAGGCUUGUGUAGAACGUGAAUGUUACCCAUCACCUCUUAACUAUUAUGAAUUUCCAAAAUCAUGUUGUACUUCUGUUAAUGAAGUUAUUUGUCAUGGUAUUCCUGAUAUGCGACCCCUAAAAGAUGGGGAUAUUGUCAAUGUUGAUGUAACCGUUUAUCACAGGGGUUUCCAUGGCGACUUGAAUGAGACUUUCUUUGUUGGAAAAGUCAGUGAGGCCAGUAAAGAAUUAGUGAAAACAACCUAUGAGUGCCUGAUGUUGGCCAUUAAUGAAAAAGCAGUGUGUCUGGAAAUUGAAUUCUUUCUUUUCCUUUUUCUUUGUUUUUUGCACUUCACCCUCCCUCCUCUUCUCUCUCUCUCUCUCUCUCUCUCUCGCCUUCUCUCUCUCUCUCUCUCGCCUUCUCUCCCUCUCUCUCUCUUCUCUCUCUCUCUCUCUCUCUCUUCUCUCUUCUCUCUCAUUCUCUCUCUCUUCUCUCUUCUCUCUCAUUCUCUCUCUCUUCUCUCUUCUCUCUCAUUCUCUCUCUCUUCUCUCUUCUCUCUCUCUCCUUCUCUCUCUUCUCUCUCUCGCUCUUUCUCUCUCUCUCUAUCUCUCUCUCUCUCUCUCUCUCUCUCUCUCGCCUUCUCUCUCUCUCUCUCUCUACCUUCCUCUCUCUCUCUCCCUUCCCUCUCUCCUCAACCCUCUCUCCCUCUCUCGCCUUCUCCCUCUCACCCACAUCAACAGUUAACUGAAUUUUGCUUGAGGCCAGGUGUGCGUUAUCGAGAGAUGGGAAAUAUCAUUCAGCAACACGCCCAAGCUCAUGGAUUCUCUGUGGUUCGAGGGUACUGUGGCCAUGGAAUCCACCAAUUAUUCCACACAGCUCCCAGUGUUCCCCACUAUGCAAAAAAUAAAGCAAUUGGUGUGAUGAAGCCUGGCCAUUGUUUUACUAUUGAACCAAUGAUCUCAGAAGGUACCUGGCGAGAUGAGACUUGGCCAGAUAGUUGGACUGCUGUUACUCAGGAUGGCAAAAGGUCAGCUCAAUUUGAGCACACUCUUCUUGUUACAGAUACAGGCUGUGAGAUUUUGACGAAACGAUGGACUAAUAAAGAUGGUCAUCCUCAUUUUCUUGACCAGUUGUAA